CCUACGCACGCAAAUUCUACGAAAUUCUCUCUCUAGAUUGCCGUCUCUGUAUAUAAUUUUCUUCUCUUUGCUCUCUCUCUCUCUCUCUCUCUCUCUCUACAUCCACAAAUCAAAUGCGCAUCUAUGUAUAUAUGCUCAAUGAGCAUAUAGCAAUCAAAAGGAAGCAACUGAAAAAGCCCUAGGUUAUCUGUACAUAUUUCGCUCUUCGAAUCUCUCGAAGAUCGCUGAACGAUACCACUGUUAGUGACUGGUUUUGACCGAUGAACCGGUUAAUAUCAUCCGAUUUUGAAUCGUUUUCAUCUUUUGUUUUUUCAAGUAUUGGAGAUUAUAAAAUAGUAUUUCAUUUUUAGAUGGGGAAUCGAGGCCAGAAACGACCUGAAAUGGUUGACGAAUUUCCAGCUGAUAAGCGAGCAUGUAGCUCAUUGGAGUUCAGAGCUAGUUCAUCAAACCCAAUGAACUCCAGAAAUUCGAUGCCUGAAGGCCUUGAUGGGGACAUGGACACUUCAUCGUCUGCCUCGGGGUCCACUCGAUCAGAGGGUGAAGGUGAUAAGGAUUCUGCGUAUGGAUCAUGUGAUUCAGACGGGGAACAGAGGCAAAACAUCCUACAUGACUACCAGAGGCGGCGAUCCUCAAGUGAUCAAGGGAAGUUCAAUCAGGUUUUGACGAGUUUAGGCCAAGUGGUUGAUGAAUCUGAGACGUUGGCCACCCUUACCGAGCUUUGUGAACUAUUAUCCUUUUGUGCUGAUGGUGCAUUGUCAAGCUUGAUGGCAGACUCACUAUCUCCAAUUCUUGUAAAAUUGGCACGGCAUGAGAGCAAUCCUGAUAUAAUGCUUCUAGCUAUAAGGGCUAUAACUUACUUAUGCGAUGUGCAUCCUCGGUCCUCGGGUUUUCUUGUUCGGCACGAUGCAGUUCCUGCUCUUUGUCAGAGAUUAAUUGCUGUCGAGUACCUUGAUGUAGCUGAACAAUGUUUGCAAGCAUUAGAGAAAAUAUCACAUGAGGAACCACUUGCGUGCUUACAGUCUGGAGCAAUUAUGGCUGUUUUAACUCAUAUUGAUUUUUUCUCAACUAGUAUCCAGAGAGUUGCACUUUCAAGUGUGGUCAACAUCUGUAAGAAACUUCCUUCCGAAUGCCCUUCACCUUUCAUGGAGGCAGUUCCAAUAUUGUGUAAUCUUCUUCGGUAUGAAGAUAGGCAGCUUGUUGAAAAUGUAGCAACUAGCUUGAUAAAAAUUGCUGAACGAGUACAAGACAACUCUGAUAUGCUGGAUGAACUUUGUAAACAUGAGUUGGUCCAUCACGCCGUACAUCUUAUAGACGUGAAGUGUCGAACCACCUUAUGCCAACCCCUUUACACUGGCUUGAUUGGGCUGCUUGUCAAACUUGCUUCUGGUUCAAUUUUAGCUUUCAGGACUCUUUUUGAGCUCAGAGUAAGCAGCAUAUUGAAGGCUGUCUUGUCUACCUAUGAUCUAUCUCAAGGAAUGGUCUCUCCUAAUAUGAUGGUUGAUGGACAUUGUAAUCAGAUGCACGAAAUUUUAAAGUUGCUAAAUCAGCUUCUCCCUAAUAUAACUGAAGAUCACAGUGGUCCAUUGAACACGGAAAAGGAAGCUUUUCUUGUCAAUAAACCUGAUAAUCUGCAGAAGUUUGGGAUGGAUUUGCUGUCCGUCUUGAUCCAGGUGGUUAAUUCUGGUGCAAAUUUAUAUGAUUGUUAUGGCAGUCUGUCUGUUAUCAACAAAUUCAUUUAUUUCAGCAAAUCAGUAAUGCUGCUUGAGUUGCUCAAGGAAACCAACAUUUCAAGCUUCUUGGCUGGAGUAUUCACUCGGAAGGAUCACCAUGUGCUGAUAUUAGCCCUACAAAUUGCUGCUACUAUCCUUUCAAAGCUUUCUGAUAAUUUCUUGAACUCUUUCUUAAAGGAAGGUGUCUAUUUUGCCGUUGAUGCACUUCUAACACCAGAGAAGUGCUCUCAGUUUUUGUUUCCAUUGUUUGGUGGCAUCCAGCUCUCAGAUGAUUCAAAUAAAAAAUGUGCCACAAGAAAUCUUAGAUGCUUGUGUUAUGCUUUUGAUUCUGGUCUGUCAUCAGCUUCAGAAACGGGGACCUGCCGGCUUGAAAAAGAUUCUGUUCACAGUCUUGCAAAGCAGAUUAGCACCAAUUACUUUGCUACCGAAGUACUAAAGACUGAGGAAGGAUUAACAGAUGUACUUCAGAAACUCAGAACUUUGGCUGCUGCGCUAACAGAUUUGAUUAAUAUGUCCAUGGGUAAAGAUGGUACUGAGCUGCAUGAAGAGUUCUAUACUAUAUUGCAUGAAAUCAUGGCAAAGCUUAAUGGAAAAGAUCCCAUUUCAACUUUUGAAUUUAUAGAAAGUGGAAUUGUGAAAGCAAUAGUGAAAUACUUAUCAAAUGGAGAAUAUCUGAGGGAAAAUACUGAACUUAGCAGUGGAUUUGAUUGCAGUUACAAUGUAGAAAGAAGAUUUCUGUUGUUUGGAAGAUUACUUUUAUCUUCCAUUGAUGCACCUUUGGAGGAUCUCCCUCUAUUAGCAUUAGCUCGGAAACUGCUAACUGCACUGUCCUCUGUAGAAAAUUUUCCUAUUAUUCUGAACCAUUCUUACAAGAAAAGGAACUCAUAUGCUAUUGUUCCACAUAUCCGAUGCACACCAUAUCCUUGUCUCAGAGCUCAGUUCAUGAGGGGAGAAGGGGAAACAUGCCUAUCUGAUUACUCUGAAGAUGUUCUGACUGUAGACCCAUUUUCUUCUAUGGACGCUAUUGGAGUAUAUUUGUGGCCAAAAGUUAGCAAAAACAGAACAGGAAACAUAAAACCAGCAGCUAUUCAAGCUCUGUGUGGAUUGGAAAGUUCUUCUCAAUUACCAUCAGAUAAGAGCUCUCCUGGAUGCAGAAGUCCAGAUCAUAUGGAAUCUAAAAUCAUAUCUUCAGAUGUGAAGGAACUUGAGGACAAACCUGACAUCUUACGUUCUGCACCUGAAGAAGGGAACAGUUUAAGACAAACCACCAGUGAAAUAGCAGAACCAGGCCAGGGCCACAUGGAGAACAGGCAACAUACUUCUUCUCAUGAGGAUGGUAGCACGAGUUCUGAGACUUCUGAGAGUUCUGGAUACUCCAGCAAUGAAGACAUCUCACCGAAAUUGCUAUUUUUCCUAGAAGGGCAACAGCUGGACCAAGCAUCAUCACUUUAUCAAGCAAUUCUCCAACAACAAUUCAAUGUUGGACGUGAAAUUGUUGACAGUGCAAAGCUAUGGAGGGAAGUGUACAAAAUAACAUAUAGAAGAGAUGUUAAAUCUACAGAAAGUUGCUCUCAGGAUCAUCAGCAUCAAGCUUGUGAUUCUUCCGUGUCAGACAUUAUGGGGAGAUAUUGGCAGUGUACACCAUUUUUCUCUGACACGUUUGUUUCCAAGAUUGCAUCUGGGUUGGAAACUUCAACUCCUGUUCAUGAUGUAUUAUUUUUCCUCAAGAGUUUGGAAUGCAUGAACAGAUUUGCAUUUCAUCUGAUGACUCGUCAAAGGAUGCAUGCCUUUGCAGAAGGGAGAACUGAUAACUUGGAUGACUUACAAGUUUCAGUCUUGGGGGUCCCACAAAAUGAGUUUGUGAGCAGUAAAUUGACCGAAAAACUAGAACAGCAGAUGCGGGAUCCUUUGGCGAUCUCCAUGGGGAGCUUGCCUUUGUGGUGUAGCCAGUUAAUGACUUCAUGCCCAUUCUUAUUUGCUUUUGAGGUCAGAUGCAAGUACUUCCGGUUGGCAGCAUUCAGCCAGCAGCAAUCUCCACCACAUCCUAUAUCUCAUAAUGAUUCAGGAGGCCUAAAUGGAAGGAGGCAGAAUGCUAGUGGAUUGCCACGUAAGAGAUUUUCAGUAUGCCGGAAUCACAUUCUGGAGUCUGCCACCCAGAUGAUGGACCUAUAUGCCCGUCAAAAAGCUAUCCUUGAAGUGGAAUAUAAUGAAGAAGUCGGUACUGGUCUUGGACCAACUCUGGAAUUUUACACCCUAGUUAGUCAUGAAUUUCAGAAAACUGGUCUCAGCAUGUGGAGGGAAGAUCACACCUUAUUACAUAAAACAGGCAUGCAGGCUGGAGAUUCUGAAUUUGUGAGGUCACCUUGUGGGCUUUUCCCUCGCCCAUGGUUGUCUACAGUGAGUACAUUAUGUGGCACAGAAUUCUCUGAAGUUAAGAAAAAAUUUGUUCUUCUGGGACAGGUAGUAGCAAAGGCCCUUCAAGAUGGAAGAGUUUUGGAUAUCCCCUUCUCCAAAGCUUUCUACAAACUGAUGAUUGGGCAGGAACUCACUGUGUAUGACAUCCACUCAUUUGAUCCUGAGCUUGCUAGGGUGCUGCUAGAGUUUCAGGCAGUUGUUGAAAGAAAAAGAGUUUUGGAAUCAGCUGGAGGAGAAAAUUCAACGUUUAAAUUUGACCCAUGCUUCCGGAAUGCCACAAUUGAAGAUCUUUACCUUGAUUUUUCUCUUCCUGGAUAUCCUGAUUAUGUUCUUACUGUUGUACCAGAGGAAAAGUUGGUAACUAUGGAAAACUUGGAGGAAUAUGUUUUAGCCACUGUGGAUGCAACUAUAAAUGUUGGAAUAUGCAGACAAGUAGAAGCUUUCAAAUCAGGGUUUAACCAGGUUUUCUCCAUCCAACAUCUCCAGGUGUUCACUGAAGAGGAAUUAGAGCGACUGUUGUGUGGAGAACGUGAAUUUUGCAGUCAGUCAAAUGAGAUGUUGGAUCAUAUCAAGUUUGAUCAUGGAUACACGGCUAGCAGUCCUCCCAUCAUCAAUCUACUGCAAAUUAUUCGGGAGUUUGAUCGAGAACAACAACGAGCAUUCUUGCAGUUUGUGACUGGGGCGCCUAGGCUUCCUCCUGGUGGUUUGGCAUCUUUGAAUCCAAAAUUGACAAUUGUCCGCAAGCAUUGUAGUAGAUGCGCCGAUGCUGACCUGCCCAGCGUGAUGACUUGUGCUAACUAUCUGAAGCUGCCGCCUUACUCUUCAAAAGAGACGAUGAAAGAGAAGCUUUUGUAUGCCAUCACAGAAGGACAAGGAUCAUUCCAUCUCUCCUGAGUUAUUUGAUCUGAACAGACAGCAGGUACAUAAACAUAAUACGUAGUUUUCAGACUAGGUGGUGGUGGUGUAGGUAACUGACUGGGGGCUUUGGUGACUGCCAUGACCAUGUGCAUACUAUCGGAAAGAGGAGUCGACUCAGGUGGAACAGAAGUAACCUCCUGUUAAAGCUGACCGUAGGGCGGUGGGUGGGGGGGGGGGGGGGGG